AUGAACCGAACCAUCAACCUCUUCGAAAAUAUCCUCGUUACUAUCUGGAUAUACAAUGUUGUGAUAUAUUUUAUAUCCGAAGAAAUUCCUGGCUUCGUCUUGCCUGUUCUGUCAUUCCUCACCAUGCUCGUCUUCAUCUGCGUCGCUCCAUACGUGGUACACCGUGAAGGCUACAACCUCAUCAUAUUCUCAUACUUCUGCUCUUCGUCACUUGUCUUCAACUUCUACAUGCGAUCGGACUAUGAAGCAUACCUUGCUGUUUAUCGUCGUUCAAGCAACCAAUCAUGCGCCUAUUCUGGAUAUACUGCACCCUCCAGAAGGAAGCCUGUUCUGCCUAUUUCUUCUACUUCCACGCCCGUUCCGCCGCCAUUUUCGAAGCCAUUUUCGUUAUAG